AUGACUGAUUUCAGCAGGACAGAAAAUAUUGUGUUAACCCUUGUUUUUUCGGCCAUAACCGUUGUUGGAGCAUGUGGAAACUUCAUUGUACUAACAUCAAUAUGUUGUCGCAAAUCAGCACGUAAGAUUCAAGGUAACAUUUUCAUCGUCAGUCUUGCGUUAGCAGAUUUUCUUUCUUGCACACUUUGUGGUCCAUAUUACAUACGAAGUUUUCAUGUUAGUGAGUUCUUUAAAAGCAAGUCGACGCAGUCUUGGUUGUGCUCUGCCAUCUUAGUCGUGGUCUAUCUGCUAUCCAUAGAGUCCAUUCUCUCACUGACACUGAUGUCCUUGGAUCGUUUCUUUGCUGUCAGACUGCCGUUUUGGUACCAAAAGACAGUUACUAGGAAAAUCUGUAUAAUCUUCAUGUUAGGCAGUUGGGUAUAUUCAUUUGCCGCUGUUUUCCCUGCAGUCGUUACUUCGAGCUGGAUAUCGUACGAAAAUCGGCCUGGCUCACCGUGUGGUUUUCAGUGGACUAAAGCAAAUAGCUUUUACAUUGGUCUAGCAAUAUUGUUGAGUUUCGUGCUACCGACAAUAAUAGUAUCUGUAACAAAUAGCUAUGUGUUUAAGACUGCACGUGACCAGAACCGAAAAGUCAAAGCAGUUAGGAAAGUAAAUGAAAAAUUGGAAGAUGUAUCUGCUAAACAUGUGGGUAGAAAUUCUCAUGGAAGGCUCCGAGAAACAUCAAAUAAUCAUCGAGAGACACUGGGAAGCGAUUCAAAGUUAAAAAAUAGCGCAUGUAUUGGUGGCAACGAUCUUAUGCCCUCCCCCAACAAUGGUAGUUGUAUUUGCUGUUUUGGUCAAGAUAGCAGAUCUAAAAAGCCGGUUCGUGAUGAUAUAAACAUGGAUACUGCCAGUUCCAGUAUAUCAUUCAAACCUCGAUAUCAGCUCCCAGAUAGGUGUUCACAUAAGAGGCGGUUUGUGGUUUCUAAGCCUCCGUCAAGUAACAGACAAGAUCAUCAACAUAUCAGCAUUCAAGUCGUAAGCACAAGAAACCUUUCACUCAAUAACAUCAAUGAUUUUAAGUCUUCAAUCGAGGAUAGUGUACACAGGGACGGCAAAUCUCUAAACUUUCGGCUCCAAUCUCAUACCUUCUCUUUGUCAGAAAACAACUUACAAGAGCUUUGUAAAGGGGCACACGAAUCGACACGGGGGAAACAUAUGAGGAUCCAAAGACAAUGUUAUGAAAUUAAGAGAAGUACUUCGGCUAGAACAGAAAUGAGACUUGCCUUUUCUACUCUGUCGAUCGCGCUAUGUUUUUUAGUUACCUGGUUUCCCUUUGUGAUAACUAGAGUGUUGAGAUCAACACUUGGAUUCCACGUGUCGGACAAGGUGCUUAACGGUUUUAACGUAUUUGCGUUGAUGAGCUCGCUUUGCAACCCAUACAUUAUUUUAUUCUCCAGGCGGAACAUUUUCAUAGGCUUCAAAAGCAUUUUGAGGAAGAUGAAGGAGACACUUUUGCAACGAUAA